AUUGAUUGAAUUAGUGUUUACAAUCAAGUUGAUUUUUAUUCCUUCAUUGGGUUAGAUUUAUUAAUAGAUCAUUUUAAUCACCAUGUUCCGUUUUAUCUUGGCCAUACUGUUGGUCACUCAUGUGUUCGCGUUUGAUGAAGAUCGUGUAGUCCGUUUACCAGGUCAAACGAAGGAUAUUCCCUUCGGUAUGUAUUCGGGUUACCUUAAUGGUUCUGACGGAACUCAUCUUCAUUAUGUUUUCGUUGAAUCGACUGGAAAUCCGGCCACUGAUCCGCUCCUUUUAUGGUUAAAUGGUGGACCAGGUUGUAGUUCAAUGCUAGGAUUUUUCACUGAACAAGGUCCGUUUCGAGUUACCAAAACUGGAGCAUCGAUUGAACCAAAUCCAUUUGCUUGGAAUCAAUUGGCUUCCAUGAUUUUCCUUGAAUCACCCGCUGGUGUUGGCUAUUCUUAUAAUGAUAAUGGUAAUUAUACCAUUGAUGAUGAUGGUGCUUCUUACAACAAUUUACAAGCAAUUAAAAGUUUCUUCAUUAAAUUUCCACAAUUUAAACGAAAUGAUUUCUAUCUUUCUGGUGAAUCUUAUGCUGGUGUUUAUAUACCAACUUUGUCCAUUCGUCUUCUCAAUGAGACUUCAAUCAACUAUAAAGGUUUCGCCAUUGGAAAUGGUUACCUUGAUCAAGUUAAAUUGGGUAAUUCGAAAGUUUUUUUCUCUUACUAUCAUGGUCUCAUUGAUCGUGACCAAUGGUCAGCUUUAACAUCUCAAUGCUGUUCUAAUGGUGUUGGUGAAGAUUCUUGUGAAUUUGUUCAAAGUUCAAAUCCAACUUGCACUAAAUUAGUUGGUAAAUUAACUGAGGCAAUUGAAUCAUCUGGUCUUAAUCCUUAUAACAUUUACGAUCGAUGUCAAACAAAUAAUGACCUUAGACGGACAACAUCGUUAUCAUCUCCUGGAAUUGGUAGGAAAUAUGGUAAUCAUAAACACGCUUCAGCUUGGAAAUUGAUCAAAGCAACUUUAACUGGACACAGUGACCAUGAUAUUGAAAUUGUACCAAGAUCUACUCGAACCAAUAGCCAACUAAAAGGCUCGGGAAGUCCACCUUGUAUUGAUGACGCUGACCUUGAAUCUUAUCUUAAUCGUCGCGAUGUAAGAUCAGCUCUUAACAUCCACCCUUCAGCUGGACAAUGGACUGAUUGUAAUGUAGUUGUUGAAGAAUCAUAUAUCAACAUCUAUCGAACCCUUAAAGAUCAAGUUUCCCAAUCGAUUCGAGCCGGUAAACGAGGUCUAAUUUACAACGGAGAUGUUGACCUAGUCUGUGAUUUCUUGGGUGACCAAUGGUUCGUCGAGGAUCUUGGUUUUCCCUCGAUUACUCCUUACAUUCCCUGGCAUGUAAACAAUCAAACCGCUGGAUUUGUUAAGCACUUCGAAGGAUUUGUAAUGGCCACAGUUCGAGGUUCAGGUCACAUGGUACCAACUGACCAGCCACAAGUAGCAUACGAAAUGAUUAAACUUUUCCUUAAGGGCCAAAAUUUUCUUAAAAUGAACAAUUAAGACUAAGAUUAUUCAUCAACAUCUCGACAAUUAUAUUAAUCAUUACUCUAUACAUUUAAUUGAAUUGUCAUCCGAAACUAGAUUAAUAUGAAUAUCCAACCAAUUAAAUUGAUUAAAACUCUAA